AUUAAGUAUGAGUCAUUAUUAAAUAGGAAAGACUCUUAUGAAAGAAGAUGAGUUAGUCAGACUUGAAGCAGGAAUAAAGAAUAAUAGCAAAAUAAUGCUAUUGGGAAGAAAGACUGAUCCAGCUCAAGACGAGUGUCUCAAGAAGCUUGAUGAUAUUUCAGAAUCAACAAAUACUAUUGAGAGAAAGAUUAAGAAGAUUGAACAAGAGCUGGAGGGGAUUGAAAAGGAAAACUUUGGCUGCAUAAAGCUAUCUUUCGAAGCUUCUACAUUGAUGACACAACAGCUGUUAUGAUGAGAUGUCUAGAUUGAUGUGACUAUUAUCAUAUGUACUGAGUGUUUUUAAUCUUAAUUUUCUCUUAAGCCAUGUUUUAUUGAGGACAUCAAGAAUAGUCGGACCUACGGUGAAAUUUCUCCCUCUGGCAACUUCACUAUGACUAAUAACGAAAAUCUGUGGUGUUAGUAUUGUUCCCUAGGAAUCUCUCCAAUGUAAUGAGCUACAAUGAAGUGACUAUUUUUGUCCUGUGGAUAUUUGGAAGGCUGUUUCUGCAAGUGAAGAAUACUGCCGUUUAUUGAUUAUUUUUGAUAAACUUGCUAUGCAUGCAACUUUUAUUUGAUUCCAACUAUUAGUUUUUACAUUAUAGA